UCAGCGGUGCGCCAUCAAUUUCUCCGAGUAUUUAUGCGCGCAGCUGUCGGUUCCCAAACGAUUCCAAUUAGAACCCCGAGAGCGCUCAUCCAUUGCGUGCAGUUUCCGCUGUGCAGGUCCCAUUCCGGGGCAGCUGGAAGCUGGAAUUGAAGGCUCGGAGGGAGGCUUCGAUCCAUGGGGAAGAAGACGUUCGUGCUCUACCCGUCGCUGGGCGUGGGGCACCUGAUCCCCAUGGUGGAGCUGGCCAAGCACCUCCUGCGCCACGGCCAGGGCGUGGUCAUCGCCGUCGUGGACCCGCCCGACACCGACGCCGUGUCGGCUGACGCGGUGUCGCGCCUCGCCGCCGCCAACCCUGCCAUCGCGUUCCGCCUCCUGCCGGCCCCGGCCAGCCCCGACCUCGGCGCGCACCCGGUGAAGUGCAGCCUGGACACGCUCCGGCUCGCCAAUCCCGCGCUCCGGGACUUCCUGCGCUCACUACCGGCCGUCGACGCGCUCCUGCUCGACAUGUUCUGCAUCGACGCGCUCGACGUCGCGACCGAGCUCGGCGUCCCCGCCUACUUCUUCUUCGCCUCCGCGGCUGGGGACCUCGCCGUGUUCCUCAACAUGCCGUACUACUACCCCACCGUGCCGUCAUUCAGGGAGAUGGGGAAGGCGCUCGUGCGCUUCCCGGGCAUGCCGCCGAUCCGCGCGCUGGACAUGCCGCUUACGGUGCAGGACAAGGAGAGCGACCCGACCAAGGUCCGGCUGUACCAGUUCAAGCGAAUCCCGGAGGCGAGGGGCGUGCUGGUGAACAGCUUCGACUGGUUGGAGCCCAGGGCCCUGAUAGCGCUCGAGGACGGCGUCUGCGUGCCCGGCCGUCCGACACCGAGAGUCUACUGCAUCGGGCCGCUGGUCAACGACGGCAACAAGGGAAAUAACGGCAUCGGCGAGAGGCACGGUUGCCUCGCGUGGCUGGACGCACAGCCCAAGCGGAGCGUCGUGUUCCUCUGCUUCGGCAGCAAGGGCGCCUUCUCGGCCGCGCAAUUGCAGGAGAUCGCCUGCGGGUUAGAGAGCUCCGGGCACCGGUUCCUGUGGGCUGCGAGGAGCCCGCCCGAGGAGCAGAGUCAGUUCCCUGAACCGGACUUGGAGCGGCUGCUUCCGGCGGGGUUCCUGGAGAGGACGAGAGACAGGGGCAUGGUGGUGAAGAACUGGGUGCCACAGGCAGAGGUGGUGCAGCACGAGGCGGUCGGCGCAUUCGUGACGCACUGCGGGUGGAACUCCGCGCUCGAGGCGAUCAUGUCCGGGCUUCCGAUGAUAUGCUGGCCGCUGUACGCGGAGCAAGGGCUAAACAAGGUGUUCAUGGUGGAGGAGAUGAAGAUUGCGGUGGCGCUCGAGGGAUACGAGGAGUUUGUGAAGGCUGAGGAGGUGGACGCGAAGGUGAGGCUGGUGAUGGAGACUGAGGAGGGGAAGAUGCUUAGGGAGAGGCUCGCGGUGGCGAGGGAGAAGGCAUUGGAGGCUAUCAAGGAAGGCGGGUCUUCUGAGGUGGCGUUCGCCGAGUUCUUGAGAGAUUUGGAGAAGACGAGCAGCUCUGAAAAUGGAGAAUGCAAGUGAUCGAGGUGCACAGCAGAUGAACUCCGAAAUGAUGCUAAGGAUUUAUAGAAGUUGGCGAUUACUUGAGAUACUAAAUCCCGAAGCAGAUAAUCUGUCAAACUCUCACAAAUCAUAGCCAUGCUGCUGUCUCCUUGAAAGAGUUCAGAGGUGGAAUUGACGCUGACCUUAAACAUGUCACCUUCCAAUAUACAACCAUGAUCCUCCCCUUCUGUGCUUGAUCAUUCGGGGAGCUUCAAAUCCGUCAAGAACUCUUAAAAUGCCAUCCGGGGAGGGGAGGGAGCAGAGGAAGGCGUCAAGGGCGAGCACGGUGAGGCGGAGCGCG